AUGAUAUUGCCAGUGGGGCACAUUGGGGAGCAUCACGGUGGCGCCAUUGCCUCACAAGAAGGAGGUUCUGGGUUCAUGUCCAACCGGAUCUUCUCUGAGUCUGCAUGUGGCCCCUCAAGAAGCUCUCCAGGUCCACCUGGUCCUCCUGGUCCUCCUGGUCCUCCAGGCAGCGGCACGGGAGCAGGGGCUCCGGAUGUCCGUCAGUCCGUUGUGGACUAUCUUCAAAGUGAAGGCAUCAGGCAAUACCUGGCUGGUCCUCCAGGACCUCCCGGCCCACCUGGACCCCCAGGAAUUGGCUCAGGUGGGCCGUCCCUGGAUGAGUUGGCUAAUCGCAUGAUUAACUACAUCCAAAAUGGUGGUAUUGGCGGCAGUGCCCCAGGUCCUCAGGGACCCCCGGGUCCUCCUGGAACCGUGUCCGUGGAGCAGAUCGUCAAUCUGCUUCAGAGGGAGGAAGUACGGCAGUUUGUGAUUGGUCCUCCUGGUCCUCCUGGACCUGCUGGGCCCCCGGGACCCCAGGCGGGUGGCUAUCCUUCCUUUAACCCGCAGGAAGUGGCAGGGCGUGUCCUGAGCCUCAUGAAUGAACAAGAAAAUGAGCGUUUACGUGGCCCUCCUGGGCCCCCCGGCCCCCAAGGCUUACCGGGCCCCGCUGGGGACAUUUCCAGUUUGCUUCAAGGACAAGACAAGCAGCCUGGACCUCCUGGACCUCCAGGCCCACCUGGUGCCACUGGCCCAGCUGGUCCUCCAGGCCCCCCCGGAGGCAGUGGCUUUGGCUUCAGGCUGGAUGAAAUUCGUGACUACCUCCAGAAUGAAAACAUGCAUAGGUUCGUCGCAGGGCCCCCGGGUCCUCCUGGCCCUCGCGGACACAAAGGAGAUCGCGGCGACCCUGGACACCACCCGUCGAGGGUGUCCGAAGCCUUGGACUACUCAGACGUAGCUCUGAAAGUGACAGAUUACAUCAAGAACCGGGGCCUGCUGCAGGAUGUCAUUGAAAAUAGCCCUCAGAAUGCCCACUUCCGCCACAGCCAUGGGCCCCACGGGCCCCCCGGACCACCAGGACCCCCAGGACCACCUGGGCCCUCAGCAAAUGGUGCCAUUGUCGGUCCGCCAGGAAGACCUGGACAGAAAGGAGACAUGGGCUAUCCGGGAACUCAAGGUGAAACGGGACUGCCAGGAUUCACGGGACAGAAGGGUGAAAAAGGAGAGUCGUCGGUUUGGAGGAAGAGGCGGAGCACUGGAGCAUAAUAUGGCAGGAAACGGUACCUGGUGUGCGGAGACGCACCAAUCAAACGUGAACUUUUCAGCUCCUGAGUGACCACUGGGCACAUGUCUAUUCCAAGCUAUGGGAGACAAUACGGCUAGUUUGUCAUAUAGAUAUAUUUUCCUGUGAAACAAGUGUUCUUCUUUACUAUAAAUAUUUUCUACAUUUCUAGUCAGGGGGAAAUGUAACAUUUAUGAUUUGAGGGACUAAGUAGACCUGGCACUGAACCAAUCACAGGCCUGUAAAUUUGACAGUAGCAUUGAAUGACAGUCUACGUUGUAGAAAUAAGCUCUUAAUGGGGAUUUUGCUUGUAAAAAUAAAAAUGGGGGGAAAACUAUGGGUGUUCAAUAGAAACUGCAAUAGUAAACCGGACACUUUAGUUUUAGAUUUGUUUCAACAUUCUAGUUAAAUGUUUAGUACUACUAGUGUUAAUGAAUUAUUAGUGUCAGUCUUACCACUGCAUGCUAUUUGAAUACUAUGUAGCUAAAGUAUAUAGUAUGUAGCUCGUUAAAUAGUGAUGUGAAGAGGGUGCAAUAUUUCAUGUUGUUUUUAUACGGUUUAUCAUUUUGUACUUUUGUAGACUUUAGUAUAAAAUAAAUAAAACAAUAAAAAUAAAACUUGGGGCUAAGUAUACUAGUCUCAGAUUAAAUCUCCAACAAACAAUUAACAAAGAUUGUAAUGUAUUUUUAAUUGCAGAGCUUAAUAAAGCUGUUCUUUUUUUCA